UGCUUGAAGAGCACAUUCACUGAGCCGCAACUCUGUACACGCUUCGCAACGGCCCCGCCAUCACGGAGCUAUUACCGUCAGCCAACAACACAUAAGCAUCACGCUACCCCACAGUCCUUUGCCAUUCUCGAGCCUCGGCCCUCCAGAUCACCCCCAGCUGACGAUGCGAGUGCAAUAGCUGCACAGAGUGAGACGCGCAAGAUGGGCGCCGACAGGAGCGACGGCUCCGGCUCCUCGAAUACCGAGGCGGUCGCAUCCGGAUACGACGAGAAGACACCACUACUCCAGCAGGCCCAGAAGGGCCCCUACGAAGACACCAAGCGGCGCAGGAUAUGGCUGUAUCCCGCGCGCAUAUCCGACGGCAUUGCCGCUGUGGUCGGCGUGCUGGUGACCCCCUUUGUGUAUACGGGCCAGUGUCUGGUCGCCGCCUUCUACUACGAGGAAGACGGCCACUUCUCCUUUCUAGCACCCGUCUACAACAUCUCGCGCACUUUUACGCGUGCACGCCGGAAAAAAGUGGCGGCGCAUCCAUCAUCGCGGGCCUCGGCCGCCCCAGACCGCAGCGAGAAGGGACUGCGCAAGAGUCGCAGUUCGAGUGUCGCGCAACCAGUCAUGAAGCAACCCACGAGACGUUCACUGUCAAUAGCAUCAACCUCGACCGCCAUGACGUCCGAUUCCGAAAGCGAGCGAUCUCCCACACGCGACGACGACACGGACAGCCCCUCCCGCCACACUCGCUCCAAAUCGAGCGCAACUGCACGAGCAGACGAAAUCGCCCCAGCCAAAAGGUCGAUACGCAUCACCCUGCACCACAACGAGGAUGCUCUGAGGCAACGCAAGGCGGCGAAAAAGGCCCAAUCGUCAAGGGCCGACUCCAUCUCCUCCGAGGCGGCCGCUUCCCUAAAGUCCCCCACUGGCCCGGCAUCUGCCUCGUCGAAACAACUGACCAAGUUCCCACGGGCGCCCCAACCCCCGCGUCCCCUGGUGCCACGCCGCCAGCCGUCGUACUCUGCAAAGGGCGUAUCCGCCGUUGGACCACACCAGAAGACGCUGAUCAUAGAUCUCGAUGAGACGCUGAUUCACAGCAUAGUCAACGGCGGCCGCUUCCAGACCGGCCACAUGGUAGAAGUGAAGCUUCAGGCUUCGGUUGGCGCGGAUGGACAGGUUAUUGGCCCGCAAGUGCCGCUCCUGUACUAUGUUCACAAACGGCCGUAUUGCGACGAUUUCUUGAAAAAGGUCAGUAAAUGGUACAAUCUGAUCAUAUUCACCGCGUCGGUUCAGGAGUACGCAGAUCCCGUCAUUGACUGGCUCGAGGUGGAGCGCAAGUACUUUGCAGGCAGAUACUAUCGACAGCACUGCACUGUUCGUAACGGGGCUUACAUCAAGGACCUUGCUCAGGUUGAGCCCGAUCUCAGCAAGGUCAUGAUUCUUGACAACAGCCCCUUGAGCUACGUUUUCCAUCCAGACAAUGCCAUUCCCAUCGAAGGCUGGAUCAGCGAUCCAACAGACCAUGAUCUGCUGCACCUUAUCCCACUGCUUGAGGGCUUGCAGUAUGUCACCGACAUGAGCACUGAUUGCGUGAUUCUCCUUGAGAAGAUUGCCGACAUGCUUGAGGCUAUUGCGCAGAUCAUACCUCCUUACCAACAGAUCUACGAAAUUUGCAAACGUAACGGUUCCGAGGCUCAUGGCCAAGCUGAAGAUCAUCAUCUGGCAACACUUUUUUCUUACGUGUAUGCGGACCUUGUGCAGCUUUUCCUAGAGCUGUAUCGAAUCUUUUGCCGAGGAUCACAAGGCACAGAAGUGCAAUCUCUUAUGUUCGGAGUGGCACAAUCAUCGCUAUGGCGGCCACUCGACUCGCGCUUUGCCCACGUUGAAACCCGGAUAAGACAGCAUAGGAGCUGGCUAGAGAGAGAGACCGAAAACGAAUUUCAAUACUACGCGGAUGUCUCACAGCAACGUAGAAGUUAUCUUAGCUUCCUGCAUCGACAGAGUGGUGCAGACUGCAACAGUCAGGUAGAGCAAGAUGGACAACGACUUGCAAAGCGGUUGAGGAGAGUUGAAAAAGUGCAAAGCUGGCUGUCAACUUCAGCCUCGAUCGACACAACGGCUCACGAUUUUCGUCAACCUUACCAGGAUUUCUGUGCGUGGUUCUUACAUGCUCCAUCAUACACCAAAUGGCGAAACCAGCGCUUUGAUCAAAGCAUGGCAAACGAUCAGAAUGCUAUGGCUAGUAACUGGCAGCAUCGAGUGCUGUUCGUACAGGCGAAAGCAGGUUUUGGCAAGACUGUCAUAUCACACUCGGUUGUAAGCAAUCUGGCUGGUGAAGCAGAAGACCCUGAUCUAUGCGAUGAGCCUCCAGCGACCGCACACUAUCAUUUUAGUAACCUCCUUUGCAAGAACAACAAACCUGAAGACGCUUUUCGGGCCUUCUCGUGUCAAUUGCUCCAUACACAUCGACACGACCGCUCCACCCUGGAUGCUGUCAGCCUUUUAUUGCGCAAAACUUCGUUUCGAGAACAUGCUACUACUGAUGAGGUCACGGACAUUUUAUUGCUUCUACUUCGACAACAUCCCACUUUCAUUGUGGUUGAUGGCAUUGAUGAGUGUAGCGACACUGAAAUGCUCCUCGCUUCUCUAGCAAGACUUUGCCGUGGUUCCGACACAAGAGUUAUUAUAUUCAGCAGGCCGAACUUGAAGAUACCUCUCGAGUACCAGAAAUGGGCUUCAGAUGCUCCCCACAUUCUCCCACUUACCAGCAACUACAACGCAGUUGCUAUCGAUCGUUUCGUGGCACCAAAACUGAACCGCCUAGCAGACCAAGGUUUCUUUGGGAUUUGCAUGGACCGAUCCCUCAUCUCGGAAGUCGCGAAGACAGCGGAUGGUGACUUUCUAUGGGCCAGCAUGGUAUUGAAGUUCCUUCAAUCGCCGCUGCUGUCAUCGGAGGAGCGAUUUGCUAUCUUGCAAGACAUUCGUUCGCUGCAGAGUCUGGAAUCACUCUUUCGUAUCAUGUUUGAUGCAUUAGCACGCCAUCCACUGACUGAAAAACAUGUCAUCACUGAUACGUUCCGGUGGCUCUCCUGCCCAAUCAACCGCAUGUGUCCAGAGGCAUUGCAUACCGCUCUCAUUCUACGCAACCCCAACGUGUCUGAGAGUUCGCAUACGAAAGAUAUUUUAGAAGCCUUGCCGGAACUCACAUUUGGCUUCGUUCGCGUUGUCAACGACGACAUCGCUUUUUCCCACGGAUCUAUACGAGACUACCUCCAUAGUCCAGGGUCUCAAAGCUCGGAGUUUAGUCUUUACGAUGACAGCAGCGUGCAUGCCCACCUAGCAGCGCGGUGUCUAGCUUACCUCACUCAUGAUGUACCAAAACGCCCUCUUGGUGCCUUGCAGCCUCGUGGCCCCGUCAUGCCACUCACAAUACCUACUAGCAGUGGUGCGAGUCAAAGAACGAGUGCAUCAUGUGAUAGCGGAUACAAGUCUCUGUCUUCAUCAGACGGAGAUACUAAUAUUCACACUGUGCAUGCCACACCGACCCAACACAACAGCUCUCGGGCAAAUAGCAUCCGCACCAUACCCUUCGACACCCACCUUCCAUUCCUACGCUACGCGGCUCUCUGCUGGCCCAUUCACCUCAGUCGGGCUCUGGCUCCAUCGUCUCACCACACCACAAACUCUUCAGCGGACAUACUAGCCUACCUACCCGCGCUUAGCGUCUUCUUAGCUUCUCGUAUUGCGGUAACUGUAUGGGUAGAAGCUUCUUUCCGUUUGAACCUGCCUCCGACACUCGCGCGUCUUGUCGGCCCGCUGUCAGAUUUGAAGAGCGAAAUAUCGCCAGCAACUAUGGAGGGCAAGGAAUUGAGGCUAGUAAUCAAUGCGAUAAGGGAUUUGAGUGAGGAAUUGUUGGACUUGAAGAGGGAAUAUGAAGGUGUUAUGAGGCAAAACCCCAGUUUGAUUUGGCAAAUGGAUGGACCAGAGAGGGCUGUGUAUUGGCCAGUUUGGGAGGAAAUUGUUGUGGGCGAAAAUGGGCGGUGA